UGAGCAUCAUAUUUCCACACAAAUGAAUGGAAGGUUGAAAGAAAUCUUUGUAAUUUAACCAUUUUUUCCAACACUUUCAAGACAAUAAUUUGAUAUUAAAAGAUAUGCCUCCCAAAAGAAAGCGAAGGGUUUCCAGGGACGAAACAAAAGCCAAGAAAUCAAAAGAAGAGUGUAGAAUAAGCAAGUCAAUUAUGUCAUGUCCAGGGGAUGAUGAACUCUCAAGACCAUUUUCUUUGCGUAAAUGUAGAUCGUGGUUUCUUCAAUAUGCAGCCCAAGAUGAUCCUGAAACUAUAGGCCCAGAUGGCAUUGAAAGACUUUGUAAAGAUUUAAGUGUAGACCCAGAAAAUGUUGUCAUGUUGGUUAUUGCUUGGAAACUUCAAGCAGAAACACUGGGAUUUUUCAMAUUUGCAGAGUGGAGUAAAGGAAUGGGGAAUUUAGAGUGUGAUUCUACUGCUAAACUUCAAGCACGUCUUGGAAGUUUAUCAACAAUACUUAGAGACAAUCCAACUUUUAAGAAAGUUUAUCGUUAUGCAUUUGAUUUUUGUAGGAAUCGAGAUCAAAGAACACUGGAUAUUGAUACAGCAAUGGCAAUGUUAAAAGUUCUUCUUAGAAAUAGAUGGGAUCUGCUAGAUGGAUUCCUUGAAUUUUUACAGCAAUCAAAAUACAAGGUUCUUAAUAGAGACCAGUGGUGUAAUGUACUGGAGUUUAGCCGGUCCAUCUUAUCGGACCUCAGUAACUACGAUGAAGAUGGUGCAUGGCCUGUGUUAAUGGAUGAAUUUGUAGAAUGGUAUAGAGAGCACUAUUUAAACACCAAUACAGCAACAUGACAAGAACACUUUAUUGUGCAGAUUGAUCACUGAAAGAACCUUAUAACAAAGGACAAGUUGAUUGGUUAAUACUGUCAUUCAUUUGGAAGACAUGACAGUUUGGUAUAUCAAUAUGGUAUUCCAAAGACCAAAUAAAAGAAUAAGUUCCUGUUUAUAUAUACACCUCUGAUUCCUGAAUCGGUUAUAUUAUAUCUGCCUUGAGCAAAUGUUAUCAAGUGUAUUUGAAAACCAUGGACUGCCAUCUUCUCUCAGAGUGAGGACUGUUAUAAAGUAUUGAGAAACAUGAAAGUUGAUUUGUGCAUAAUUUUUCUUCCAAGCACUAGUCAUAAUAUCAUUAUUAUGUGACCUAGUGGCUUAUUAAUUGUUGCUUGUAAAACUUCUCUUGGCUGUCCUAUUCUAACAAUUAUUAUGACCAUUUAUGCAAGUACACUGGGUAUUGCUAAUAAAUAAUGAAUUUUUCCAGGAAAA